AGUUUAUAGAGAGGCAGGUUGCAGAUUCCAGUUUGAACCAGAGAGCGAACCAGAGAGGGCGUGUCUCCACUCAAAGUGGCAGGGGGAAGGGACAGGUGUGAAUGUUUUCAUAGUAGGAGGCUUGUCACUCGCCCUAUUGCAUUCCAGUCUGCAUCUCUUCAUACCAUAAACCAAACCACUGGCAGAUGCAGCUCGCUCUCACAUGGUGACCAGUCCGCGACUCUGGAUAAAACUAGAUUUUGUACAGAUUGUAAUUCCUGGAUUGCUUUGACCGUGUGGAUAUGAGAGGCACAGAGGAGGUAGUGCUGAGCAGAAUGGAACCCAAGAUGCAGUUUUCACACAGCAGGUUAAAUCGUUUCAAGCUCGGGCUAAAUCAUGACAUGAGGGGGAAAAAGCGCACGAAGAAGACAAGCAGCAAAAAAAAAGCCAGAGAUCCCAGCCCCACCGAGAUGAGCGUGGAGCCCUGGGCCAGCCCGCAGGACCAGGCAGCCGCUGAGCACACUGGCAGCAAAAACUCACCAGCAGCACAAGAGCAGGAACAGCCGGAUAAAUUGUGCCUGGAAUCGUUCUGGAGCGAGGUUGAGACCAUCCGACAGGGGUGUGGCGAGGCGGAUCUCGACCCCACCAGGAGAGACUCCAGACAGUCAGAAGAGGGGGAACAGGAGGAGCAGUGGCUGGCCGAUGCUGGCUUAUCGACCCUUAUCAGCGAGGACAGUGAGGAUGUAGACAAGGCCGUGCUGCUCUCCACUCUGACCCGGACGCAGGCAGAAGCUGUUCAGCGUCGCCUGGAUUCCUACACCUUAUCCCGCCGCAAAAAGAACAAGCUGCCGCCCAGAGACGUUCGGGACAUCUUCAGCUCCCCCAUUGCUCAGGCACUGCUGCCAGAGUCUCAGAACAGCAAAGACCUUCCUCAGAAAAGUAUGGCAUCAGUUGCCAAAAUGCCUUUCUCAGCAGUGACACCAGAGCAUCAGCGGGCUGCCCCUAAGGAGGAAUUCCUCAUCACUGACAUUGCUUACUGUGAACAAGCCGUGAUUUUCAUCAAACAGGCCAAUUUUCCACUGAACAACAUCCCAUACAGGAAAGAAGACGGCACACUGCCUCGGGUGAUCUGUCCUAAGUGCCGCCUUGGAGUAACUCGUAUUCAAGAUCUCUCCCACGCUGACAUGAAGAAGGUUCGUCAGUUGGCUCUUAUCGACAUGACGGCGCUCUGCGACCUUUUGGAACUAGAGGUUAAAAGGCACAAAACUGGAAAAAGGAAAAUCGCAGAGAGCACACUGUUUGGGGUACCGCUGGCCACGCUGCUGGAAACUGAUCAGAAAAUUAGACCAAACACCUCAAUUCCUCUCUUCCUGCACACGCUGCUGUCGUUUCUGGAAAAGAAAGGAGUCGAUUCAGAGGGGAUCCUGCGGGUUCCAGGAUCUCAAUCUAGGAUAAAGCUGCUACAGCAGAAUCUGGAGGCCAAUUUUUACAAAAGCCGUUUCGUUUGGGAUGAAGUGAGUCCAAAUGAUGCUGCUGCCCUCUUGAAGAAGUUCAUCCGAGAGCUUCCUGACCCGCUGCUCACUGCAGAAUACCUCAACACCUUCAGCGCCGUCAGAGACAUCACAGAACUGAGGCAGAAACUGCACAUGUUGAACCUGCUCAUCCUGCUGCUCCCUGAGCCCAACAGGAGCACACUGAAGGCCCUGCUGGAGUUCCUCAGUAAGGUGGUCAACAGAGAGAAGAAGAACAGGAUGAACCUGUGGGCCGUGGCCACCAUCAUGGCUCCCAACCUCUUCCUCCAUAAGGCCGUCCCGAGCCGACUGACAGAUGGGGCAGAGAAAGGACAGGCGGAGAAAGCAGCUGAUGUGAUGAGGCUUCUCAUCCGUUACCAAGACCUCCUCUGGACAGUCCCUAACUUCCUCAUGAGCCAAGUACGUCGGCUAAAUGAGAACAGCAACCGUCGCUAUCAGUUCAAGAACCUGCUGAGAAAGAUUCAGCCGGACAGCAGAGAAAAACCAGAGAAAAACUCAGAGCCACGUCGUACUAUAAAGAUCCAGGUGGGAGAUCUGGUGAACGGCACGAUGGAGUUCCAACUCAACAUUAACUGCAGAACCUCGGACCUGCUCGCCCAGUUUUACCGCCAGUUCCUCCGCAGCCCAGAAAAUGGAAAGGGGAAAAUGCGCAGAAACGGCUCAGUGGGAUACCCAGACUGCGCCCUGUAUGAAGUAGGAGGGAAUAUUGGAGAGCACUGUUUGGACAUCGACACGCAUCUCCUGGAUCUAUACAACAGUAACCCUGGAGGAGAAUGGGUCAUCAAAACGAAACCCAACGGAGGCAGAGGGCAGUGACACGGAGCCUGCUGGACAACUGAUGGACAGAUCGAGGAACAGAUUUCAGAGGAGAGAUGAAGACCUCUUCUUAAAAGCUCCUCACAGCUCCUGUUCUUCCUCUGAGCAACAAGCAGGAAGGGGGACAGAUGGAGCCGACAGAAGCAUUUCUCUGCCUGGAGCAGAGUUGAGAAAUUCUGAUCAGUGCUUUUUGUUUCCAUCUCUGCCUUUCACUUCACUGUGUUCCGUCUUCUCCUCCUCCUUCCUCUCUUUGGAUGAUCAUUUCAUUGGUUGCUGCACCCCUGCAAGCAAAGAGCUGCUAACAUGACUCAUUACUUCAAGCGGAGAACCUGCUGCACAGAAAACAAAACGGAACAGCAAAGAGACAGAGGGAGCAGCCGGACAGUUGGCGGUGACGUGUUUUCUCCGAAGCUGUCGUCUCCAGCUACAAUCGAACAGAUGGGGAUGCAGAGAACCUCUGGCUAUCCUGAGCCCUCCAUUCGCCUCAACUUCACCUCAUGCCAGCUUCUGCUCCACAUACACGUUUUUGUGGCUUUACUCCAAAGGAAAUACAAGGAUAUAGGGGUUUUAUGUAUAUAUUUUAAACAACUACCCAAGAUGUGUUAGUAUUUAGUUUAGGUGAAUAUUUUAAAGAAAAGCAGAACAAAAAAAACAAAAACAUAAUGCCUUUAUUACUAGAGAUGCACCAAUAUUUAAGUCUGAGAUCUAAAUCUGAGAAUUUUUUUUUCAGUCAGCUAUUAUUGAAGGGGAGCUAUUAUUUCCCCUCCAUUUCAUUUAAUGCAUAAAACUAAGAACUUCUCCUAUUUUUCAUCUGUGAAUGUGUUAAUCAACAGCAAAACUGUUCAUGUUCCUUUUUGAGUUUAUAGAAUGAAAAUCAUACAUGGAAGAGGAGACAUGUUUUUAUGCUUAAAUGAAGAUGAUCUUGUCAUUCCUUCAUUUUGUCAGUUUCAGUGUCUCUGUAAAAGAACCUGCCACACAUUUUUCUCUUUAAUGUGAUAUAUGGAAAUACAAUAUUGAAAAUGUUUCAAAUUGAAAUCGGUAGAUCAGAUAUUAGAGAAAAAAAUUUAACCCUCUCCAGGCAGGUGUUGCAGAUUUGCAACAACUUAGCCAGUCUUUGCAAGUAAUUUGAGCCUGAGAGGUUUAAAUUGGUUUUGGCCAGGAAAAGUCUGACUGGUAUUAACUGACUUUAUUGUUCUGCUCCUGCAAAAAGGCAAUAAUAAUUCAGAACAUGUCAGAGACAGUAUUGCCUGUCGUUGUUCAUGAUUUAGAAACAGAAAACCCCUGUGUCUUUAUUUCCUCAUGCCAAGCAGAAUGAGAAAAUGCUAAAGAUGGAGGGCAGAAGAAGAAAACUAUGAAAUGCUCUUAAGAAUCAUCCAGAUCAAUUAGUUAAUUAGCCUCAUCGAUCACUUGUGUUUCUCGGCUCCUUUUUUGAUCUGUGGCAUUCAAAGAGAGGAACUGACUGAACUGUCACCUUUUAUGCAUGAAGCUGGCUCAGCUUUGGACCUGAAAAUGAUUUUGCCUCGUCGAUGUGUUUGGUGACAAAUUUUGCACCUCAAAAGGGAGUUAAGGACACACUGAAGCUGGUCUUCAUUUGUCAUUUCUAGCUACAUGAAUGAAGGAAAAUGGUGCCGAAGUGACUCUUAAGGCACACUGACACUAUUACUACUAUUAUUAUUAUUAUUAUUAAUAUUUAUAUGAUUGUAAUACAGUUGUUGCUUCAUUGUGAGUAUUGUGUUAGAUAGACAUACUUGAGGAAAGCUGGCCCAGACUCAGUGUGGGAUCUGUCAUACUUUUGAAACCAAUCUCUUUAAAGCUGUAAUUUGAAUGCUGUUUGUGUAAAUAUGCACACUGUGCCGUGAUGAGAAGCAGGACUGUUGCUUCUUGAAGCUUUUCCAAACACACACAAGCAGCAGAUGAAUGUUUUAACAUUUUGUGCCGAUCGUCAGAAGGUAAUUGUUAUUGCAGCCGGAGCCAUGUUGUGGCUCCGCGGCCAUUUUGUAUGGGGGGAGUGUCUCUCAGGCUGCACUCGAUAAACGUGGUGGUGACAGCGGGCCUCUGCACCAAAAUCCAUCAACGCCCUCUGCUCCAUCUCUGUCAGCUCCCCAUAAUGGACCAUAAUGACGGCAUCAGAAACGCACGGAGGAAUCGCAUCUCUCUGAUAAAGCAGAGGGUAAUAAAUGGGUGUUAUAAAUUCUUCCCCCAACAUAGACUCAACGACAGCACUCUGUUUGUGUGUGUAUACAUGUGUGUGUGAUGGGCUUCAUUUCACAUGUCCAACGGACCAGUCGCUGGUUCCGCCCAGGCACAGUUUGUCGCUUCGGCACAAAGCGAACUGAUGGGACGGCCUUCUGCUGAACGGCAUGGACAAACCACAAAGUGGUGUCACCUCUUCUCAGAACAGGAAACUCUUUUUGUCUUUGUAUAUACAUGAAUGUGUGUGUGUGAAAGAAGCUCUGAGACAGUAUUACGAGCAGAAAAUUGAAUGAACUUCUUGCCGAUUUCUGGUGUAAAGCCAAGACGUCAGACAAGACGUCUGAAUGUAUAUUUAAGCUCUUGUUUUUAACUUGUCUGUGAAAAUACUUUUCUGUAGAAAGAAAAACUUUUGAAAACUGUUCGAUUUUUGGCAAUAAAUGUGAGCCUAAUGCUGUGCUAAACA